AUGACAAGGUUUAACUUUUUAUUGUGCUUAACGAUUCUUAUUUCUUUGGGACUGUCCGGGAGCGAUGAGCCGGACCUCUUUCAGGCUCCACUGAGUGAGAUGUCCUCGGAUGCUGGAGUCUCUCUCUUUGAUCUGGAGGAUAUGGACUCUCCUGAGUGUUCCGCGUGCGUUUGGAGAGAACAGAGUAAAGUCUUACGGCUGGAAACAAUCAAAUCCCAAAUCCUUAGCAAACUGCGGUUAAAACAAGCGCCCAACAUCAGCAGAGAGGUGGUUAAUCAGCUUCUUCCCAAAGCACCUCCGCUGCAGCAGCUUCUGGACCAUCACGACUUCCAGGGGGACGCAUCCUCCCUAGAGGAUUUCAUGGACGCCGAUGAGUAUCACGCCACUACCGAGUCCGUCAUCACCAUGGCCUCAGAGCCUGAACCUCUGGUGCAGGUGGAUGGGAAACCCAGCUGUUGUUUCUUCAAGUUCAGUCCAAAACUGAUGUUUACCAAGGUCCUGAAAGCCCAGCUGUGGGUUUAUCUGCGGCCACUACAGCAAACUUCCACUGUUUACUUGCAGAUCCUUCGCCUUAAACCUAUCACUGAGCAAGGAAGCCGACACAUCCGUAUCCGGUCACUCAAAAUAGAGCUUAGUUCGCAAGCGGGUCAUUGGCAGAGCAUUGAUUUCAAGCAUGUGUUGCAGAACUGGUUCAAGCAGCCACACACAAACUGGGGCAUUGAUAUAAAUGCCUAUGAUGAGAGUGGCAAUGACCUGGCUGUGACAUCUCUGCGGCCUGGAGAGGAAGGACUGCAGCCGUUCCUGGAGGUCAAGGUUCUUGAAACAACCAAGCGCUCACGGAGAAAUCUGGGUCUUGACUGUGAUGAGCACUCCACAGAAUCCCGCUGUUGUCGCUACCCGCUCACAGUGGACUUUGAAGCUUUUGGCUGGGACUGGAUCAUUGCACCCAAACGUUACAAGGCAAACUACUGUUCAGGCCAGUGUGAGUACAUGUUCAUGCAGAAGUCCCCACAUACUCAUCUGGUUCAGCAUGCCAAUCCUAGAGGCUCGGCAGGGCCAUGCUGCACACCCACGAAGAUGUCGCCGAUAAACAUGCUGUACUUCAAUGAUAAACAGCAGAUAAUCCAUGGCAAAAUCCCAGGAAUGGUGGUGGACCGUUGUGGCUGUUCAUAGAAUUAUGUGUUUUGGUUGAGCUAAGGGGAA